GGGAGGGGAGGGGCAACAAUACCUAGUAGUCAUAUGCAGUCUCUUUCAAUUCCCCCGCUUUGCUUUGCGCUUAAUCCUUCGUCGAACACAAAUCUUCCCUCCCGACCUUCUUCCCUACAACCUCCUUCCUCUUCCUUACAACCAACUCAUCCCACAGUCUCAGUCUCAAUCUCAUCAAUCUCUUCUUUCGCGAUUUCCCCUCGCACUCUUACUUUUUAUCAGAUCGCACUGUCAUUUCAGUCGUCCGAUUGAAUAAUAUCUUUCCCACGAUCUGUGAUUCACGUUUCAGCCCCGAUACCCUCUUCAACAACUACAACAACAAGGAAAUCUCGACAUUUCCCUCCAACUCGACUCUCUAAUCCUUCAAGAAGUUUUCGAGAAUUAUCUAUCAUGUCUAAAUUAUUCAUUGGUGGCCUUGCUUGGCACACAGAUGAGAACGCUCUCCGUGAGAAGUUCUCUGAAUUCGGAACUGUUGAAGAAGCAGUAUGUUGUUGUCAAGGAUCGCGACACUGGCCGUAGCCGUGGCUUCGGCUUCGUUCGUUAUGGACAAGGCAACCCUGACUCGUCCCCUGAGGCCGAUGCUGAGAAGGCUAUCCAGGAGAUGAACAGUGUCGAAUUUGAUGGCCGUACCAUUCGUGUCGACAAGGCUUCCGAGCGCGCCGGCAACGACCGCUCAGGUGGUGGCGGUGGCGGAUUCGGUGGUGGCCGAGGUGGUGGUGGAUAUGGAGGCCGUGGCGGCGGUGGAUAUGGAGGUGGUGGUGGAGGAUACGGCGGUGGUCGUGGAUAUGACAACAACAACUCCGGCGGUGGUUACUCCGGAGGUGGUGGAUACAGCGGAGGUGGUGGAUACUCUGGUGGCGGAGGUGAUAAAGGCUACAAUGGAGGUGGUGGUGGCGGCGGCUACUCUGGCGGUGGUGGCGGUGGAUAUUCUGGCGGAGGAGGAUACGACCGCAAUCAAAGUGGUGGAAACGCCGGAAGCUGGGGAGGAAACCAAUAAAUUGUUUUCGACUGGUCGGCAUUCUUCUCUUCUUCAAGGUCUCUCAUUCUCCGAGAACAAGAAAAGUCAGCCUGGGGUUCUCAGCGAAGGUUUUUCGUGGGGUGGAUUUUAUGAUGUUUUCAUCUUCUUCGAUGGCAGCUUAAAAUUUACCUUGUGGUUUCUGGCAGCGGUUCUGGUCUGGCGAGCAAUAUGAUGCUUGCAUGGAGUUUGGAGGGGGUUAUCUUACCUUGCUCGAUCACUUUUUCUUUCUAACAUCUAACAAAUGUUUUUCAAGUCUGCCUGUAUUUUCGAGUCACGAUCAUUUUGAUCAAGCUCUCUUUAUGAAGACUGCAUAUCUCUGCAGGUCUCUAUGGUUUCUAUGGCAAAUAAUACCCCAAAAAAGGGAAUGAAUGA